AUGGCCAUCAACCCAUCCUCUCCCAAUGGUAUAACCACUACAAACACAAGACUGCCGCAGCAAUUUCUCUAUGGUAUCGCACGACCUCUCGCCUGCCUUCUCAAGGCCCUACUUAUGCCCACCUACGCCCGCACCUACGUCUCUCAUCACACUGAUCCCCUUCCCCCACACCAUCACUACAGUAUCGAUGCCACUUUUACCACUCCCAGGGAAGCAGAGGACCAUGAGGUCUACGGUCAAGGUGGCAUUCGAUUGAGCACGCUCGAAGGAACACAGGGGAUCCCUGCUCAGCGUGUGCGCGAUGGUCAACCCGGCCCCUGGACCGAUUACGAGUAUAAUGCUGAGAUGAGACCCUCUUACCCCGUGCGACCGAGGAUCUUGCAUGCUGCACAGAGUACUGCAUUGGCACCCCCGGACGGCCUGGGCGCAAGACAGAGGAUGCCUCUUCCUCCUGGCCCAUCUCAGCACCAGCUAAGAUGGCAGCGAGGUACAGAGCAUGCUGCUGCUGCUGUUGACUCGCAGGGUUACGAGCAGCAGUUUUCCCAGGCCCAGUGGCACAACAGUGGUGGACACAGAGUGUAA